UGUCAACGUGUAAUGCUGUGAAGCUAGUGUCUGCUUUGAAGACUGCUUUUUCCAUCCUGUUUUUUUCCUAACCUAUCUACCAUCUAUCUAUCAAAUUAGUGUUAUCAAAUCUUAGACAAACUAAUAUGAUUGAGAAGAUAUGAGGGAUAUAGAGUAGUAAAUACCAGACAUGCUGAUCCACAUUCCAUACCAGUUGGUGGCAGUAAUGCUCCCGUUCGUUGUUUGCCAACAGCCAAAAAACUCAAGAAGAAGAAGAAGAAGAAGAAGAAGAAGAAUGUUUGUUUGUAACUUUUGAAAUUUCAAAAGUUGUCUAUCGCCAUUGUUGUGUUGCAAAAUGAGAUCAAAUGCUGUGAACCUAGCGUUAGCCUUGCUCAUUAUUCGCCUGCCAAUUCAAAUCGGAAGAAAUAGACUUAAUGAAUCGAGAAACAAGAUGACUACCGGUGGAUUCCGGUAUCUUGACGAACCGUGUUCAACACAUCUUGGUGUCCCCUGGAAACACUUCCGUUAUGGUGCUUUCAGUUCCUCAUCUUUACCAGCAGGUGGCGACAGAGGCCCUCAGCUCAGCCGCCUGCUGUCCAUGGUCCUGAAGAUCUGCGUGAGGAAAGACAAGGGUUCAGAAGUAAUUGGACAUGUGACUACUGAGCUGUGUUUUGUUUCCAUGUUAGUUCAUGCACAAAAAAAAGCUUACACGUAGUUGACUGAGAGUUACAGUUGUCAGUUAGAUUGAGGUGGAGUUGUCUGUUAAUCUGAGGAGAAAAGAGGUGGUCGUGUAAGGGAAGAGGCCCUAAAAGGCAAAUAUUUAUCAUAAGAGAUAUCUAAUGUAGUUAGUUUGCUAAAUGCAACAGUUGAGUACACACAGAAAAUCCAGAAAAACCCGUUAUGACUGCAACAGAAGACUUCAUGUCCACACCUCAGAGGAGUCACCGCAAACAGAAAAGCCAAGUAUUAAACACAAAAUGCAAGGGCUAGAGUCCUGACAACAAAGUCAUGUGGACUGAUGAAAAAAAAUAAUUAUAUGAUGAAAGAGGAAAUUGUGUUGAAAAAUAAGGAACAGCUCAUGAUAAAUGCGGAGGCACACAGGUGCAUAUGAUGUGCUCAAAUUUAGUGAAAUGCAUCAUAACACAACAUUUCAUCAGUCAGAAUGACAGACGUGGCCAAAUCGGCCAUUUUCAGGGUGAAAUGGUAGAAUAUUCGGAUCUCAGUUUGACUCAGCUGCGUUCCACUUGCUGAGGCCAGACUAAAGGCAGAGGGACCCCACAACAAGCUGAAGAGCUGCAGGCUGCUGCUGCAGUGAAGGCCAAGGAGAGCUUCAUACAAAGUGUCAGACAACUCCAAAACCUCAUCCCUCUUCUAGCCACAUGCCAAAAACCAACUACCACUCAUGUAGCAACAAAAUUCAUUUGAAUUGUUUACAGACUACUGCUCUGCGUUUGCAUUUGGGUCCUAAACUAAACUGUUGUAGCAGAUAUAUAAGAUAAGGCAUUUUGAAGAUGAAACAUGAAGGUUUGACCUUUAAAAAUCGCUCAGCCUGCUGCUGAGGUGACCACUGAAAGUCAGCUUGGGCAGAAGCAGCUCUUUUCUGUGUGUAAUGCCUAGUGUAUGCAUUCUUAAUCAAAUACACCGCAGAAAAUUUGACCACUUUGUAUGUAAACACUUUUUUUUUUUUUAAAUGAAAGAAUAAAAAUGAAUGUUUGGAAGGAUGAAACCAGUUAUUACAAAUAUUCCCUACAUCUCCCAGAGGCAUUUCCCCCUCUGAUCAUGACGCACGCACCAGCAGGGGGGCAAGUAGUUUAUAAAGCCAUGCAGUCACCAAACGCAUCAGGAGACAUCAGACUCUCCUGCGGAAAACACCUCCGCCCUCUCCUCGCACAGGCUGCUAUGUCUCUGGAGGAUUCAUUUGUCGUAAACGCGGAGGGCAGCGGGGCUGAGUUGUAUCUGAAUGUUUCCAGCGUGUCGCUGCACUCUGCGGCGGAGCAGCACCAGUACAACAUCUGGCCCCCUGGGAUCGGGAUCGCCGCUGCCUACGGGAUCAUCAUCGUCGUGGGUCUGGUUGGGAAUGUCACUUUGAUGAAGACGUGUUUGUUGGUGAAGUCCAUGCGCACGGUGCCCAACCUGCACCUGUCCAGUCUGGCCCUGGGGGACCUGCUGCUGCUGGUGACCUGCGCGCCGGUGGACGCGAGCCGCUACCUGGUGGACGAGUGGCUCUUCGGCCGCGUCGGAUGCAAAAUGAUCCCGUUCAUCCAGCUCACCUCGGUGGGGGUCUCCGUGUUCACCCUCACCGCUCUCUCCGCUGAUCGGUACAAAGCCAUCGUCAAACCACUGGACAUCCACAGGUCCAGCAUCAGUUUACGAGUGGGGGCGAUCUGGCUGCUCUCUAUGACUCUGGCGAUUCCUGAAGCCGUCUUCUCGGACCUGCACACGUUCACCACCAGCCACACCAAUGAGACGUUCGUGACCUGUGCGCCCUACCCGCACGCCAGGGAGCUGCACCCCAAAAUCCACUCCACCGCCUCCUUCCUCGUCUUCUACGUGGUGCCGCUCUUCAUCAUAUCCGUCUACUACUGCUUCAUCGCCCGCAGCCUGGUCAGAAGCUCUGCGGACAUCCCCGCCGAGGGACACCUUCACCUCCAGAAACAGAUCAGGUCCAGGAAGCGUCUGGCCAAGACGGUGCUGGUGUUUGUCAGCUUGUUUGCGCUCUGCUGGCUGCCGAGUCACGUGAUCUACCUGUACCGCUCCUACCACUACGACCAGGUGGACACGUCGCUGGGCCACUUCCUCGCCAGCGUGUGCGCUCGCAUCUUGGCCUUCGCCAACUCCUGUGUGAACCCGUUUGCCCUUUACCUGAUGAGCAAAAGCUUCAGCAAACACUUCAACAAGCAGCUGUGCUGCACCUCUCCCGGACGGUUGAACAGCCAGAAUAGUGACCACAUCACACAGACAGGUGGAACCACAUUACAAGCCGUGCAAAGAUUUUAUAAGCAGGCUUCAAAAACAGUGGUUUCUUUGCAGAUAUUUUACUUGUAAAGCAAUACAAUCUUGCAUGUCUUUGUUGUGAAGCCACUUACUCUUGGCAGAGGGAAUUUGCUUGUCUUGAAAAUAUCCUGUUUGCUAGAGAUUAAUUUUUGCUGUACAUGCUUCCUGACGAAUAAGUGUGACACGCGGUUUUAUCUGUAUUU